AUGGAACGUCCAUUGGUGACGGUUGGAAUUGACGGCUCAGUCUACCGAUUUCAUCCAAAAUUUCCACAACUGCUCGACGACAAAAUAGCUGAACUCAUAGAUGAGAAUCUAAGGUAUAAACUGAUGUUGUCCGAAGAUGGUACUGGUAUUGGUGCAGCGGUCGUUGCAGCUGUGGCGACCCGAAUUUUAGAGCAAAGCAAAGACGAAGAAGGGCAACAAAAGAGCCAGAGAGAACCGGAACAAGAAAAUAAUACCGAUAACGAGUAG